GCGCCUUAAGGAGUGGCACUUUUUAAAAGUGCAGCCCUAAGGCCACCCAGUAGCCUUUCCUACCUUAGUUUAGUUACUUGUUGGGUUCUAUCCGGUGUCCGUGUGCACCCGGCUCCCCUCACUGAGAACCCAAAUCUAGUCCAGCCUAGUCUCCACCAUGCCGGUCAAAGGAGGUACCAAGUGCAUUAAAUAUCUACUGUUUGGAUUUAACUUCAUCUUUUGGCUCGCAGGAAUCGCAGUCCUCGCCAUUGGUCUGUGGCUCAGAUUCGACACUCAGACAAAGAGCAUCUUCGAUCAGGAAGACAACAACAAUUCUAGUUUCUACACAGGUGUUUAUAUCUUGAUUGGGGCUGGUGCCCUUAUGAUGCUGGUGGGUUUCCUGGGCUGCUGUGGGGCCGUGCAGGAGUCCCAAUGCAUGUUGGGCUUGUUCUUUGCCUUCCUCUUGGUGAUUUUUGCCAUCGAAAUAGCUGCUGCCAUCUGGGGUUAUUCCCACAAAGAAGAGGUGAUUCAUGAGGUCCAGGCAUUUUAUAAGGAAACUUACAGGAAGAUGAAGGACCAAGAAAGUCCCUACAAGGACACCCUCAAAGCCAUCCACCAGGCGGUGAAUUGUUGUGGUUUGACUGGGGCUCCAGACCAGUUCCUCUCGGGCACCUGUCCCAGCAAGGAUGCUCUCUCAAUGCUUACUGUGAAGUCUUGCCCACAAGCUAUUGAGGAAAUCUUCAACAGUAAAUUCCACAUCAUUGGAGCCGUCGGCAUAGGGAUUGCUGUUGUGAUGAUCUUUGGCAUGAUUUUCAGUAUGAUUCUGUGCUGUGCUAUCCGGAGGAACCGAGAAAUGGUCUAGAGUCUUUGCUUUCAUCCCCUGAGCAGGAAAGUCUGCCCUCUAGAAUUGUUUUGUUUGUGUCUUUUGUUUUAUUUUGUUUGCCACUAACUUUAGUAUUCAUUCCGCAUUUUUAAAUGGACAAAGUUGUUCUAUAUUUGUUAUCUUUUUAAUGCCUUAUUUGAUAUUGAUAUUUGUAGAUGAGGGUUUUUUGGUUUUUGCUUUUAUGGUCAAAGAAAUCCUGCAAUGAAAGGUACUAUAUUUGCUAGACUCUAGUCAAAGAUACUGUACAUAAUAAAGGACCAUAUGGGUCUUUAAAUAGAUUAAAAAUGUCUUAUCUCAGAUUUAAUCAGGAUGUAACUUAUGUUGAAGACAAUUUCAUACAUAAUAAAGAUUAUGACAAUAA